CUGGGAGGGAGUAAGCAAGGGGCGGGCCAAGUCCAAUGGGUGCUGGCUCUGGAGGAGGAGGAAGAAGAGGGGGAGGAGGAAAGCGAGUAGAAGGUGGAGGUGAACUCCAGGCCAGGCCUCAUUCAUUGCCUCUGCCUGGUGGGCCCGGGGUCUUGUGUUCCAGGAACCAUGGAGGCGCUGAUUCCAGUUAUCAACAAGCUCCAGGACGUCUUCAACACUGUGGGCGCCGACAUCAUCCAGCUACCCCAGAUCGUCGUAGUUGGAACCCAGAGCAGUGGAAAAAGCUCAGUACUAGAAAGCCUUGUAGGGAGGGACCUACUCCCAAGAGGUACUGGAGUUGUCACCAGGAGACCCCUUAUCCUGCAACUGGUCCAUGUUUCACAAGAGGAUAGAGGAAAAACAUCUGGAGAGGAAAAUGACCCUGCAACAUGGAAAAAUCCAAGACACCUUUCUAAAGGUAUUCAAGCAGAAGAAUGGGGUAAAUUUCUACACACCAAAAAUAAGCUAUACACUGAUUUUGAUGAGAUUCGACAAGAAAUUGAAAAUGAAACAGAGAGGAUUUCGGGAAAUAAUAAGGGAGUCAGCCCUGAACCUAUUCAUCUUAAAAUUUUUUCACCUAAUGUUGUAAACCUGACUCUUGUGGAUUUGCCAGGCAUGACAAAGGUACCUGUAGGUGAUCAACCAAAAGAUAUUGAACUUCAAAUUAGAGAACUCAUCCUUCGUUUCAUUAGUAACCCUAAUUCCAUUAUUCUGGCUGUCACUGCUGCUAAUACAGAUAUGGCAACAUCAGAGGCUCUUAAAAUUUCAAGAGAGGUAGAUCCAGAUGGUCGUAGAACCCUUGCUGUAAUCACUAAACUAGAUCUCAUGGAUGCUGGUACUGAUGCAAUGGAUGUAUUGAUGGGAAGGGUCAUACCAGUUAAACUUGGUAUAAUUGGAGUGGUAAACAGGAGCCAGCUGGAUAUUAACAAUAAGAAGAGUGUAUCUGAUUCUAUCCGUGAUGAAUAUGCUUUUCUUCAAAAGAAAUACCCAUCAUUAGCCAAUAGAAAUGGAACAAAAUAUCUUGCUAGGACACUGAAUAGGUUAUUGAUGCACCACAUUAGGGAUUGCUUGCCAGAACUGAAAACAAGAAUAAAUGUUUUAGCUGCUCAAUACCAGUCUCUCUUAAAUAGCUAUGGUGAACCUGUGGAUGACAAGAGUGCUACUUUAUUGCAGCUUAUUACUAAAUUUGCCACAGAAUAUUGUAACACAAUUGAAGGAACUGCAAAAUAUAUAGAGACUUCUGAGCUAUGUGGUGGUGCUAGAAUAUGUUAUAUUUUCCAUGAAACCUUUGGGAGAACAUUAGAGUCAGUUGACCCUCUUGGUGGCCUUAAUACAAUUGAUAUUUUGACUGCCAUUAGAAAUGCUACUGGGCCCCGUCCUGCUUUGUUUGUGCCUGAGGUUUCAUUUGAAUUACUAGUGAAGAGACAAAUCAAACGGUUAGAGGAGCCCAGUCUUCGUUGUGUGGAGCUGGUUCAUGAGGAAAUGCAAAGAAUUAUUCAGCAUUGUAGCAAUUAUAGCACACAGGAAUUGCUGAGGUUUCCCAAACUUCAUGAUGCCAUAGUUGAAGUAGUUACUUGUCUUCUUCGUAAGAGGUUACCAGUUACAAAUGAAAUGGUUCAUAACUUAGUUGCAAUUGAAUUGGCCUAUAUCAACACUAAACAUCCAGACUUUGCUGAUGCCUGUGGGCUUAUGAACAAUAAUAUAGAGGAACAGAGGAGAAAUAGAUUAGCAAGAGAGUUACCUUCAACAAUGCCACGGGACAAGUCUUCUAAAGUUCCAGGUACUUUGGCACCUGCCUCCCAGGAGCCUUCUACUGCUGCUUCUGCUGAGGCUGAUGGCAAGUUAAUUCAGGAGAACAGAAGAGAAACUAAACAUAUGGUACCUGUAGGUGGUAUAGGUGAUGGGGCUCAAGAACCAGCAACAGGCAACUGGAGAGGAAUGUUGAAAACCUCAAAAGCUGAAGAAUUGUUAGCUGAAGAAAAAUCAAAACCAAUUCCUGUUAUGCCAGCCAGUCCACAAAAAGGCCAUGCUGUGAAUUUAUUGGAUGUGCCAGUGCCAGUUGCACGUAAACUAUCUGCCCGGGAACAGCGGGAUUGUGAGGUUAUUGAAAGACUUAUCAAAUCAUAUUUUCUUAUUGUCAGGAAGAAUAUACAAGACAGUGUGCCAAAGGCAGUAAUGCACUUUUUAGUCAAUCACGUGAAGGACACUCUGCAGAGUGAGUUAGUAGGACAGCUAUAUAAAUCAUUGUUACUGGAUGAUCUUCUGACGGAAUCUGAGGACAUGGCACAGCGAAGAAAGGAAGCAGCUGAUAUGUUAAAGGCCUUACAGCGAGCCAGUCAGAUAAUUGCCGAAAUUCGAGAAACUCAUCUUUGGUGAAGAAAUGUACCAGGCAGUCGUAUAGGUGAAGAUGCUGAUGACUUAACUCUUGUAAUAGUUAUUGCAACUUCACUGGAGUAUCAUGUAUUCUUCCUGUGUCUUGAGCUAUGUAAAUCUGCUGUGAACAAUUUUGAGACAAAAAUGUUGUUUUGCUGAAGAAAUAUACAUAUUAAAAACAUGUUAAAUAUGAAUAGCUGGUUCCUUGAAAUGUUCCACGUGUGUAUGUUUAUGUGUGUGUACAUACAUAUAUACACACUUAUUUAUAGAUGUUCUAGUAGUGCCAAGUUUCUGAAGCCAGUUUGCCUAUAAACCCUGUGAUCUUAUCAUAAGUAGUGUCAAGCAACUACCAUACAUAGACCUUUGAGAAGAAAUAGCAACAAGUUAUUUUGUCUGACUAUAAAAAGCAUGUGCUCUAAUAUAUUAAUUGAUCUGGCUCUGAUAGGUAUGUAAGUUCAUAAAGUUUGCCAUAAAGUUAUAGAGUCCACAUUUCUUCAAAAAAUUCUUUCAGCUUCUCAACUUCAUUUUCAAAUGGAUAAUUCACUUUAGAUUAGCUAACAAGAAAACUAAAAGCAAAAAGUUAUGCUGAUGAAUGUGUGUAAAGUAUAUUUGAGUACAGAGCUCUUCCAACUCUGGGACCAAAAUGCUUAGUCCCACUGCUUUAAAAAAAACACCUGCAAAUACUAAGUUUAGACUUUUCAAAAAUUCACACUUUUAUCUUCAAAAGUACUUUGCAAAUAACCUUCCCUCCCUGUUCUUUUAGGAUAUGAACACUAGACCUGUUUCUAGAAAUAAUUAUUGGCUAUAUUAGGUGACUUGGGAGGUGUGGGGGAAGAGGAUGCAAGGGGGAAAGUAUCACCUAUUUUUUCCCAAGUGAAGGAAGGGAAAGAAGAUUGAACAUAAAGAUAUAUCUUCUUUGCUAAUAACGCUAGGAGAGAUUCCCAGUGACUAAAUAUAGGGAAAAAAAUUACCCUAAAUUAUAAUUUGGGGUAGGUGUUUAAGGGAUUAAGGAUUUCCUCUAGUGAGGAAACACCUACUCACAAUUAAACUUUAAAAUAGAUAGUAAAUUCUUGAAACCCUUUUUAAAAAUGACCCAAAAUGUAAAACUUUUGCACUCCAUCAGAAAAAAGGCCUUGAGCAACAUUUUAGUAAUGACCAUUUUAGUUAUGUGUACUAAAUAUGUGACCUUGCUAUCUAGGCCUUCUGUUUUGAGGCAAGUUAUAUAAACAUAUAAAAUCCCUUAUACUUUGUUUCACAUGUCAAGGAACAUUAAAAUUGAAACUUAAUAAUCUUACAUUACCUCAUUUUGUGUCCUUGACAGAUUAUAACCUGGCUUCUCCUAUUUUGUCUCGAGUGUUGGGGGAAAAUGUUAUAUUUGGUGGUGAGAAACAUUCAAGCAAAGCACCAAUUGUAGAGAUUUCUGACUUUAAUGUCUGUUGUUAUUGUAAAUAAAAUUACUGGUAUAAAAGCGCAAUUUAAGUCAAUAAAUGAGUACUUUUGAAAUUUA